GGGCGGUCAGCGCGGAGUGUGAGUUGGUCGCUGACGCACAGUGCUGAAGUCGCUGACUACAGUGCUACAGUAGCUACAGGCAUCUGAGAUGCCGAGGGCAGGGCAGGAGUGGCGGCGCAGACUGCUGCGGGCGCUGGAGGCGGGAGACCCGGACAGCUUCUCUGCGGUGCUCCGGGAAGUGGGCGCCGCCGACAGGAACGGCGCCCACGAGUUCUGGCGCCGCUGCCUGGACGCGGCGUCCCGGCGCGCCGGGGGCCACGUGUUCCUGCAGCUGCUGCUGGGGUCAGGGGUCAGGCCGCGCCGGGCAGGGGUGCGCGCCUCCCCUCUGCACCUGGCGUGCCGCCUAGGGCUCGCCCGCAACGUGGAGACCCUGCUGGCGCACCCCUGGACGGACGUGAACGCCGCGGACUGCCGCGGGAGGACGCCCCUCCACCUGCUGGCGAGGCACUUCGACGAGCGACUGCCCGGCUACCCCGGGUGCCUCACCUCGCUGCUGGCGCGGGCGGACCUGGACGCGAACCGCCCCGACGCGCGAGGCUUCACCCCCCUGCACGUGGCCGCCAACCGCGGGUCGUCUCUGUUCGUCAGGAAGCUGCUGCAGAGUCGCCCCUCCCUCGACGUGGACCACUUCCUAGGCGGCGGCAGGACGAGCAGGGACGCCGUCUCGGAGCGACUACCGUCCCUCUACGAGUUGCUCCCUCCGGUGUCGAGACACAUCGUGCAAGUGUCGGGCGAUGCGCAGCACCUGCUCCUCGGCUUCUUGCGCAAGCGCCGCUUGAAGAACUUCGUGAGCCUCCUGUACCAAGUGGACUACGAUUUCAACCCCCUGGUGAGGCCCGACUACUGGUACGAAGAUCACCGCACCACUUGCCUUCAGGAAGCGGCAAGAAAAUCCGGUACUUUGGAGUACGUCAGAUACUUGCUGAGAAGGGGAGCAAACCCGAAUGUCGCCAGUCCGACGGACGGAAGAGUGGCACUUCACCACGCCGUGGAAGCGGUGAACCUGCAGGUGAUGGGGUUGCUGGUACAGUGCGAGAAAGCAGACGUCAACGCCGCGAACUCACAAGGAGAAACCGCGCUCCAUUUGGCCGUUAAAAUCCACGGUGGCACGAAGAAAUGUGAAGAGUGUUUGAAACUUUUACUACAGCAUCCUGCGAUAGAAGUCAGAAAAGCAGAUUCAAUGGGAUGCACUGUCUUGUCGCUGGCGACCGAGAAAAACGAUGAGGCAGCAUUGAAAUAUUUUUAUUUUCACUCUUUUAAAACCUGCGCUCGCUCUGAAAACUCGAAUCAUAUUGUGAAAGAUAUCUUACAAGAGAAGUUUCCGCGUAUGUUUAGUGAUAUCCAUACGUUACCUAACACAGUUAUAAACAAAUUGACAACUAAGGAACAGUUGGUAAGACAUGUCGUUAAUAACGACACAAAAAACUUUUUGAAACUUUUCAAACAUCACGUAAAAUCUGAUAAAGACAUUUUGGAUUUUCAAAUUGGUGAAGAGACUAUUCUUCAGUAUGCUUGCCGGCGCGGAUUGACGGACAUUGUGAAUGUUCUACUGAGGUGUGGCGCCGAUCCCAAUUUGGUUAUGUACGCAAAUCGUAAACCAUCUUUAAUCCUGGCUGUUAAGUACCAGCACCACAGCAUUAUCUCGUUGUUUCUGAAACUUCACAGAAAGAUUGGACUGAACGUAAACAUAACUGAUGAAAGAGGGCGUUCAUCUCUCUACUACGCGUCCCUUAAUGAAGAUACUCGCACAGUUACUGAACUUCUUCGACAUGGAGCAGACAUAGGACACAGAAAUCUCUACGGCAAGCUUUGUUUACAGUCAAAAAUGUUAUCGAAAGUGUUAGAUUUAAGUAUUACCUGUUCUGGCCAUCACCCACACGAUACAGAUUACGGACUGGACUUCGAUUUCACUCCGAUUGUGAACGAAGUAAAACAAGUAACGUACCCAAACGUUUCCGAAGACCAAAUAUGGUUGAGGAUCGACUCUACAGCUGAACCUGGUGAAGUCAACAAACACACAGAGAGAAAAGAGUCAGAAAUGGACUUCUUUAACCAUUUAAGUGAAUGUGAGGAGUACAAGCAUCUACUUCCUCACCCAAUGAUAAAGUUGUUUCUGGAUCUCAAGUGGAGUAGGUUGAAAAUAAUUUUUUAUGUUAGGAUAAUCUUUUACGCGGUGUUUGUGUUCCUCUUGAACCUUUACAUACUGAUGAGUGAUUUUAAGAACUACAGGAGAGUGACUUCGGAAUUCGCCGAGGUUGCUACCGAUCGAAACCUGUCCGUUUCGGGCGACGACGACCCGUCGGCAGAAUGGUCCGGAUCGAAGACAGCGUUCAUGUCGGUGCUGUUCCUGGUGCUGUUCCUGGCCACGAUGUUCGACACGGCUGUCACCAUGUACAAGGUACCUCUGAACCUCAUCAAGCCGUGCAGGUUGUCUCUCAGACCUGGUGGCGCGAGGCGUGCGCUGAGGUUCAGUCGUCUGCUGGAUCUCAGCGUGAACAUCUUCACGUCCGUGUUCCUGUACAAGAUCCAGGCGGAGUCCAUCCAGGAGGUAUCCGCCGUGAUCGUCAUCCUGUGCUCCUGGACGAAGCUCAUGCUGCUCCUCGCCAACUUCCGGAGACCGUUCUCCAACGUGAAGAUAAUCGAGAACAUACUCGAACGAUACGCACCGUGCUUGCUGUCCUACUACCUCGUCGUCGUUGGGUUCGCGUUCAGUUUCCACAUCCUCCUCAAAGACGACGAGUUCUUCCGCAACCCGUGGACGUCCCUUUUCAAGACCACUGUGAUGAUGACUGGCGAGUUCGGGGUGACCAGCGAUAUGUUCAGCCUUAAUCCGGCAGUCAGCCACGUCGUGUUCUUGUUGUUCCUUGCCCUGAUGGUCAUCGUUGCCAUCAACAUUUUAAGCAUUUUCCUGGACGACGCCGAAGAAGUGAGAAAAAACGCUCAGAUACUGCAAAUUCAAGAUAAAGUGGAACUGUUGUCAGAGAUAGAGUCGUUUCUUAUAAGAUCCCGUGAAACAAAACUGUUCAGUUGUUGUGUGAGGCGCAGCAAGUAUAUCAGAGACUGGUUGCAGAACAUUGCUGUGUUCCAGGAAGGUGCUGACAAAAUUAUUAAGGUCCAUCCAAACCAGUUCAAGCGAGUACAGUUUUCUGAUACCAGUUUUACUGCAGAUAUUGACGACAGCAUGAUAUCUGUUUGUAUGUCAUUAAAAAACGUUCAAAAUGUUUAAUGUAAUAAUGUUAUAAAC